AUGGAGCACUUAGAGCUAAAAGAGGGUUUUCGUUUCCAUCCAACUGAUUCAGAAGGACUUAGUUUCUUGCUAAGAUUCGUAGCGAAACAAGAGAUGCAUGAUGCUGGAUUUAUCACCACCAACAUAGAUGUCUAUGGUAAUGAAGAGCCAUGGGAGAUUUACAGUCAAGGAGUACCCUGUGGAGGAUCAGAAGAUGAAGAUGCUGACGACUGUUAUCGCUACUUCAUCACAAAGCUGAAGAAGAAAAGCACCAUGAUGUAUCAUCGUGAAGUGGGAAACAAAGGCAGUUGGAAACAACAAGGUGAGGAAAACCCAGUUUACAACAAUAUGGGGAACUCAUCAUCAGCUCUUAUUAUUGGAUGCAAGAAGAGCAUGCGUUACGUGAAUAAGGAGCAUAAAGAUGGGGAUUGGCUCAUGAAGGAGUACGAGCUCUCUAAGGUUAUUCUUCAAAAGUUCGACGAGGAUUGCAGGGAUUAUGUUUUGUGUGCCAUCAAGAAGAAGCCCAUUGAUACUUGUUCUCCCGUGAUGUCCACAACUACGUCGGAUGAUGCUUCUGAGGAAACUGAUGAGGUAACUGGUUUUGCUGACUCUGUAUUGGCUACUUCCGAUGAUAAUAAUAUGUGA